AUCGGCUUGUUGCUUUUCGUUCCGCCGGCCGCCUGCACUUCAUAGUUUAAUUUAAUUCUACCAAUUAACAGCCUGCACUCAAUAUGUCGGAACAAUGGGAGGUGGUCUCCAAGUCGCGCAAGCAAAAGAAUCUGGACAAGAAGGUGAUCGCCCACACGGAGCAGAAGCGAAUUGCGGCACAGCUGCCCAAGCUGGAGGAGUUGUUGCCAACUCAGCGAUAUCGCAAUCUGUUCGGUUCCAGCAGCAACAACAACAACAAGUCCCAUUCCCCCGCGAAAUCCAGUUCAAGUGCCUCGUCUUCAUCUAAGACUAACAAAUCGCCAGUUAAGAAGAAUCCCGUGAAGAAUGCGGGUGCGUCGUCGACUCAGAAAAAGUCCACGUCGUCGUCCGUGGGAAAGCCAAAAACCCUGGAGCUGGCGUUAAAGAACAUCACCCGUGAUGAUUUUGCCGCCCAACUGGAGCAGGUGAAGCUCAGUUGUCCUGGUUCCGAGUUGCGCUGGCUGAGUCAUAUUGCUCUGUACUUGAAUGGCGCCCUGUCCUACGACUGCGAUCCCAUCUUCUCCGGCCGCUCGGCUCAGUAUCCCAGUGUCUUGGCCAGUGCCUCGCUCAAGUAUUCUGUUGUUGAGUUCCUGGGGAGCGUGGGCGAGCAAAACCUGGAGUACUUCUUCUACUCCCUGCUGGACAGCAUGGCCACGGAUCUGAAUAACAACCAGACGGUGGCCGGUUACAAACUGGUCCUCCAGUUGAUCGGUCAGAACUGGCCGAGCAUUUGCUCCAGAAACCUGGCCAAGACUGCUCUGCUGCGGAAUUCCUACCAGAACCGUAGCAACAUCUGCCUGAGCAUCCUGUGGGCCAUUGGUCAGGGCGGCUACCAGUCGCUGAACGAGGGCGUCAGGGUGUGGCAGAACCUGAUGCUGCCCAACCUGGAGCUCAAGCAGUACACCAAGUUCGUGGUGGAGUAUAUGGAACGGGCUCUAAGUGCAGCAGCUGCCAGAAAGCCGGUGGACUCGUUGCAGCUUAACCAGCAGGAGUUCUUUGCCACCUACAAUGCGUUGAAUGCGACCUACAACAAUCUGCCCAAGGAGUGGCAGCAAAGUCUGAAACGAAGUGCGCGCUUGUUACUUCAACACUAUAUUGACAGUCCCGUGAAGCAUGCCAAUAUUUUCCUGACACUCUUCCGCGAAAUAAGCGCCAACUCCAAGCAGAAUAACGAGAUCGAGGGCUGUAUUAGUUGCCUGUUCAGCAGCGGAAGAGAUGAUUGCCUCAGGGUGUGGCGGAUGAACUAUAAAAAGCAACAGUUGCCAAGUCUAUUGCUACUGAAAGCUAUAGACGACAAUUGGACAACGUCUACCCACGAAUUGGCUACGUCGCCUGUAUAUCACUCUUUUCUGCAAGAUGUAGAAAAUCUGAACGAAGAACUUCAGGCGGGCAAGCGCAAAGAUGGCAACUUAGAAAGCUUAAAAGAAGUAUUACUGAGCGUCCAGGAGAAGAGCAGCGCGCAGCAGAAGAAGAACAAACAGAAUGCUGCGGCACAGAAAAAGAAAUGCGGAUGCUGCAAGUGGACGUUGGGCAGCAUUUUCAUCAUCGCCCUGAUUGCCGGAGCUCUGUACUACGACACCGAGGUCAACGGCAAGGGGGUGUUCGAGAAAUCGGCCACCGGCAAGGUGCUGAAGAACGCCGGAGUGCUGCCGCAUGUGCAGAAGACCUGGUACACGGUCAUGGGUGCCGGAGCAAGGGGCUACAAGUGGGCGGAGGUGAAUGUCCCGCCGUAUGCCGAACCGGCGAUCAAGACCACCGGCGACCUGUGGAAGCUGGCGAGGAAUGCGGCCUGCAACGUUUACCAGAACGGCAAGGGGUACUUCGGCGCCAAGUGGCCAGUUGUGGCCAAAUUCAUUGACCAAUACGUUCCCAAUUUGUCUGCCAAGAUUGAAGCCUUUGCCGCGGGCGUUAGCGAUUUUGCCGUCAGCAGCUACGAAAAGUCUGCCGUGCUGAUCAAGGAGAAGGUGCUUGUUGGCCGUCUCUCGCCCGAGAACAUCAAUCUGGCGCUGAACCAGACGCGUAACGCCGCCCUGGAGUACUACAACCAGUUUCACAAAAAGGUCGACGCUUACGCCAAGCUCAAAUGAUUCUAAGCGUCAGGCACGCUUAACUCUCUAACAGCAACAUCAUCAGCAGCUGCAGCAGAAGCAAACACAAAACGCGUCAUAGUAAAUAGGAAGAAAACCCUAAUUUUUCGCAAUUAGUUAAAAAACCGGAAAAUGUUCUACCAGUCGAAACUCAAGAAGCCAUUCACAUUCAUCAACAACUUCUCGUCAAGUCUAAUUAAGAAAAAGCAAUACGAGCAAAUCUUUGUGGAUGCCGAUAGUGUACACUAACAACUUAGUAAAUUCAACCUCUAUACUGAUAAAUUAGUUAAAAAUCCGAAAAAAUUUCUGUUGUACAACAUUUGUUUAAACAUUUUUCUCCAAGAUGAGAAAACAUUAUUUUUAAAUUUGUUUACAACGACUUGCGAGUUUUGUAAAAAGUUCUAUCAACAAAAUUUUUGUAAUUGUAAUUAUUUAAGUGCGUUUUUUUGUGGCGAUGCGCGAAGUGUUAACUAAAGUAUGUUAACUGAACUUAACAAUUCCAACUGCAUUUUGAAGGCAAACAAUAGAUUCAAAUAUUUUUAUACUUUUACUCAUAGUUUCUUAUUUUUGUGUGUGCAUUUCUGUAGACUCCAAUAUUUGCAUAAAAGCGCUAUCCUUUCGAUUCGAUUUUAAAUCUCAUUUGUAUAUUUAAUGGAAUACACGAUUUUGCAUAAAUAAAAUAAAAUUGAAAGAAGUGAA